UUCACUCUCCUGUCGACAGAUUGUUUUUCUGUGAAAUUUUCUCGGCCCCGUUCCCUUGUUGCAAGAAGUUUGACAUACGAAAGCUCCGUGCAUUGUAUGUGAGCAUUCUCGAAACGGAACGAAGUGUACGGCGUGCAACCGUAAACUGGGCGAGGGCAAGUCCAUGCCUACCCGGUGAGGAGCAGGCAACUUGGCCGUGGUGGUGCGGUGGAGUCGAGGCUGUUGUCGAACAGCUGGUUGAGAUCGAGAGAGACGAUCAGCAAACAUUCCUCGGCACUUAGACUGAACUUCAUCCGGGCAUGAAAGUCCUGGCCUAUGAUGAAGCCUUCGCGGCCAGUUUGCACAAGUUGCCAGUGCUAAGCGAUCCCAAGGAGCUCAAGCUUGGAGUGGUCAUCGGCAUCCCUGGACCGAAACAAGCAGUAUUGGUGCAUGUCGCUCUGACUCCCCCCCUGGAGAAACCCACGGACAAAUUGGAUCAAUGGGUCGCUCAGCACGCAAAACAAGUUUCCCGCAUGCUACCAGGCGGUGUCGAUGUGCUGGGAGUUGUAGCUCUGUGCUCACCGGACGUAUUCGAGAAGCAGAAAUCUCUUGUCAAGCAGGCGUUGUCAUCAGUUCAUAAAACGUUGGCCAAAACACAUCAGCUGCAGGAUUAUCCUCAACGCGUGUUGCUUCACAUUGACCCGAACUCUUUCAAAUUGUCCUCUCGCCUGAUAGAUAGCUCGAACUUCAGUGGGAACGGAUUCCCACAAGAUGCCAAGCAGGUCAAGAAUUGCACGAAUUUCACGGUUCUGGAGAGUUUCCUGCCCCUGCACUUCUUGGGCCAUAUUUCCGACGAGGUUGUCGGUCAGAGUCUCCAAAAACAGCUCGCAUCCACUCUCAAGUUCAUCGAAGAUGCCGUGAGCAGCGGCGACGUACUAAUCGAGGGUCAAGAGAUUACACCCGAGGCAACGCUGAGCUCCUUUAGCUCAGAGAACGAAGGAGAACUCCGAGUACAGUUCGCGGUCAGACAGAUCAAACCGCAGCCUUGUGGGGCGAUUCCUCUGACGACUUGCGGAGCCACGGUCUCGAUUCGUGGCGGCUUCCAGGUGCGAGCCAUCGUUCAGUCGAAAGCUACGAGCGAAGAAGCCAUCAAUGCCAUCAAGCAAGAUGCGGUCAGAAAUCUUCGAUCAAGAUGUGGGAUGCACUGUGAAGAUCUUCUAGUCAUCGAAGAUGAACAGAGAGAUCCCUCGAUGACGCAUGAACUACCGAAAAGGAUUUUCCUCCGGAGAUCGCAUUGCCCCUCAACUGUGCCCUUCUGCGACUUCGUCUUCCACGGAGACGACCCCAAUGACAGUCUCCAAGCAUUUCUCGAAAUUCUCGGACUUGAAGUCAAGCCAGAGUACAUAGAGAGGAACAGUGAAAAGGCUCCACGAGGAGACAUUCAGGACGCCAGGGAUGCCGCUCAAGUAGAAGAAAUGGUCGAAGAUAUCAUCUGCGAGGGCGCGAAACAGUUACAGAAGGAUCCUUCGAACAUAAUAAAACUGGGACUCGCGUGCUCGGUCGCAGUGCUCGCGAUGCUGGUCGCAUACAUUCUACUCGUCCGACACUAAGCUUGCCCAAUUAAUUUUUAUGCGGAAGUUUAUAAGGAGAAUGGUAUAAAUUUGUACUUGUCGA